AUGUCCGAACAAACCAUAACCCUCCACACUUACUUCCGCUCCUCCUGCUCCGCGCGCCUCCGCAUCGCCCUCAACCUAAAAUCCAUCCCCUACACCUCCAUCCCCAUCAACCUACUCAAAAACGAGCAUCACAGUACUCAAAACACAUCUCUGAACCCCUCCGCCAGCGUUCCGACCCUCAUCAUCGAGAAUCCCGAACACACAAACGAUGGAAAAACAAUCGUUAUCCCCCAGUCCCUCGCGGCGCUGGAAUACCUCGAAGAAACCCACCCAACAGCACACCCCCUCCUCCCACCGACUUCCGACCCCACCGGGCGCGCAACAGUCCGCACCCUAGCCAACAUCAUCGCCUGCGACGUGCAGCCGGUCACGAACAUGCGGAUCCUGAAGCGGGUGGCGCCGCUCGGCGUGGACAGGGAGGCAUGGUCGAAGGAAUUAGUUGAGGAUGGGUUCCGGGCGUACGAAGCUAUUGCGGAGAAAACGGCAGGGAGGUAUAGUGUUGGGGAUGAGAUUACCUUGGCGGAUGUGUGUCUUUUGCCUGCUGUUUGGGGGGCAGAGAGAGUGGGUGUGGAUUUGGGCAACUUUCCGGUUAUUAAGGGGGUGAGGGAGAGGUUGGAGGAGGUGGAGGCUGUUAGGAGGGCGCAUUGGAGGAGUCAGGAUGAUACACCGGAGGAGUUUAGGGUUGGUGAUAAGCAGUGA